CCGCCGCCGCGGAGCCCACCGGCACCACCGAGCCCGCCGAGACCGGGGCUGGGGACCGACCCGCCGCUGUGUCCCCACCGGGAGCUGCGGCGCGGAGCGCAGCCCAGGCAGCCCCCAGCACCCCUCCGGGAGCCAUGGCCCAGCCGGGCAGUGAGCUGGGGUCCCCGCCGGCGGCACCCACAUCCCCUGAGCUGGAGUGCCAGAUCUGCUACAGCCACUUCGACGCCCGUGCCCGCAGGCCCAAACUGCUCCACUGUGGCCAUCGCCUCUGCACCCGCUGCCUGCGCAGGAUGGUGUCUCCGGGUGAUGCAUCAACCCCCCAACUCCGCUGCCCCUUCUGCCGCCAGCACAGCCCAGUGCCCGGCGGGGACGUGCAGCAGCUGCAGGAUGAUGGCGAGGCACUGGCACUGCUGACAGGCCAUGAACGGGCCAAGAAGAGGGGUCCCCCACGAUCCCCAGAGGUCCUCCUUUGCCCUGGCGUGCUGGAGCCCACAUCCAGCCCUGACUGCCUGGUUGUCACCAUCCUGGAGGUGCCAGAGGAUGUGGCCCCACCGGAGAGCCUGGGCAGGCUGGAGGUGGUGCGGCUGUACCACCCCACCAGCCUGGGAGUGCUGCCCUGCCACGGCCCUGGGCAGAAGUGCCGCGCCUGGGGGUGGCGAGCCGUCCCCCGCUUCAUCCUGGGCGUCCUCUGCCUCCUUUACUUCAGCUCCCUGCCCUUCGGCAUCUACCUCCUGCUCAUUGAGCACCACAGCCUGGGCAUCAUCCUGGUCAGCCUUGUGCCCUCCACCCUCCUCCUCUGCAUUGUCUACAGCCUCUGCCAGUGCCUGUGCCUGGAGGUCUUUGGGUUCCCCCACUCCUGACCCUGCCAGGCCAACCCCUGUGCCUGUGCCAAGGAGGGUUUGGGUUCCUUGGAGUGUUGUCCCUUGGGGUACAGGUGUUCCCUGAUCCACAGCAUGCUCUGCCUGGACCACAGGGAGAAGCUCAGUGCCUGGUGCCUUCCCAUGCAGAACAGCACUGGAAUUUCCAUGUGGGAGCCUACACCUGAGUGGCUGCAGGAGCUCAUUGCAGCCUACAAGCAUUUGGGAUGGACCCUCAGCUCCUCAACCUCUUCUUCCACAGUGGACAAAGAGCAGGAGCUGGGCUGAGAGCAGAGCAGCAGCCGGGAGACUAAUCCCAACUGAGGCAGGGCGGGUGCUGGGCGCUGAGCGCCGCGGUCGGAGGGGCCCCGGCAG